AUGCAAAACAAGGAUAUAGAGAUAGUAAAGGACAAAACAAAAAAGCGUUUACUUAGAAGAAAUAGUGCCCCGCCAGCUAUACAGAUAAUUUCACAGCUGGACAAAAAAUGGUCCUUCCUAUGGAACACUGUUGAUAGACACAAAGGUAUCGAAGAGCACGAAAAUAGGAGUGAAGCGGAACAUGAAGAAGAACAAGAGGAUGAUUAUGAGUUAGAGCAACUGCUGAACAUGGUAAGAAUACCGCUCUUCCUGGAAAAAUUCAUGCUCUUUGCACUCUUAACAAGCCUGGAUUGUUUCCUGUAUUACUUUACUGUAUUACCGAUACGACUGAUAAAGGGAUAUGUGAAACAGUUUAAGAGCUAUCGUCAGCACUAUCACUCACAACAGAGGUUUGGACAUAAACGUAAGAUACCCUUCAGAUACAAGAUAACUUCAACGGAAUAUAAAGAGAGGUGUAUGAUUUUCAUCAUAGUGAUAUCGUCCAUUUUGUUGAGCAAAUUAGAUACAUCGAAGCUAUACCACAGGAUAAGACGACAAAGCGCAAUGAAGCUCUAUAUGCUAUUCAGUGUACUGGAAAUGGCAGACAAAAUGUUGGCAAGCCUGGGUCAAAGCUUGUUCACAGUUAUGCUUUCUAGAAAAAACUCUCAACGGAUGUUUCUACACAAGUGCCUAUUGUUGUCAAUUAGCUUACUUUAUGUGACUAUACACGGUUAUGUGCUGGUCUACCAAGCGAUUUCAUUAAACAUAGCUGUAAAUUCGUAUUCCAAUGCUUUGCUGACUUUACUUCUGUCCAUGCAGUUUGCAGAAAUUAAAUCAUCGGUAUUGAAAAAAUUCGACAAAGAAGGCUUUUUCCAAAUCACUAUUGCAGACGUGGUAGAGAGAUUUAAGUUGACCCUAUUAUUGUCAAUCAUUGGUCUUAGAAACCUCCGAUCGUGGACAUCCUCACUAUCAAGUACAAGUAUCAAUAUAUGGAAUCCACGUUCGACAUUGUCAGUCGUCAUUAACAUCCUCUGUGGGCCAAUGGUUAGCGUCGUGGGAAGCGAGGUCAUAGUGGAUUGGGCCAAGCAUGCAUACAUCACAAAGUUCAAUCGCAUCCGUCCACAGAUAUACGAUAAGUUCUAUCUUAUUGUAUACAAAGACUAUUCCACCAGAACGCACAAAUUUGAAGAUAGACUAGGACUGUCUUUACCUGCGUUGGUUAUUCUUUUCAUUGUCAUGGUCAGGCCGACGCUUUUCAAAUCACCGGAAUCUUCUUACCUUCCAUCAUUAUUCAGGAUUUUUUUCAUAGGUGGCUUGGUAUUUUUGCUUGCAUUGCUGACGAAAUUUGUACUAGAUCUUGUCCUGAUCAAGUGGGGCAAACGCAUAGAACAGCAAUCCGCAAACCAAAAGCUCAACACUACUGUUACCGAGAAUGACUAUGUUCCUGGCCUACUUUCGGGUGGCAUGGGUAAGAUCGAUGUCACUACCAGAAUUGCAUUGCAUUCAGAUCACAAUAAAGAGAAUGAAAUAGGGACCCAGCCAACGUCUUCGAUUCAGAAAAGGGAAUCUUGGCCUGCUCUACAUAAUCCUCCUAGUUUGAAUGAUAUCAGAAGACAGAAGGACUCCAAGAGUCCACGAUCCCUUGAGAAUGUCGCUCGCUAUAAGAUGGUUUCUAAGAGAAUAUGGUAG